AAACUCCAGCCGUGCGUGCACUUUGAUACAUCAAACAAGCGCACCCAAUGUUGUUCUCGGAUUAUGACGGAAGGACAACAAUAACGUCGUGAGGAGAGACAACAAGACUCUGACAGGAAUGGAUACCACGUCUUCAUUUAUGAAAUCAGUAACCAGGCGAGUGUGGUCCCCACCACAGCGACCUUUCAGGGUGUGUUGUCACAACAGGGAGACCAGGAAGGGCAUCACAGCUGGGACCCUGGAGGAGCUGAAAGAAAGGGUAUGCAAGGCAUUGCUGCUGUCCCUGUCUGCAGUGUCCCUGUUUCUGGUUUGUGAGGAGGACGGUACAGAGGUAGACUCCGACGAGUUCCUCAUGACGCUGCCCGACAACACCAUGCUCAUGGCCCUGGAGGCCGGACAGACAUGGAGACCACAGCCGGGUGCAGUCAUGCCUAAAUCUCAAGACCACAACAAGCCUCGGACCGGGAGAGACAUAGCUCGUGUCACCUUUGACCUUUACAGGAUGAGCCCAAAGGAUGUGUUUGGCUCCCUGAGUGUGAAGGCCACAUUUCAAGGCCUGUACUCUAUCAGCGCUGACUUCCAGUGUCUGGGGCCCAAGAAAGUCCUCAGAGAAGCCCUGCGUGUGGCCUCCACCCUCCUUCAGGCCGCUGGACACCUGCUUAUCUCCUCCGCUUCCAUGAUCCGACGCAUUAUUGAAGGGGCUGAGUUUUGGCAGCCACAGAGGGCAGAGUACACGGCCAGCUGGAACUGACAGAGCCAAGAGAUAUCGUUUUAUAUGUAAUGUAGAGUAACUAAGUCUGUUGGUGGUAGGUUUGUCUGAGAUGUCCUGAAUUUAUUCUUAUCAAUAAGCAUCUCAUUGGGCUGCCAUUUUAUUGUUUAAUUGAUAGGAUGUUUACCUACUUGAGAUGGGGGGAAAGAAACUACGUUUUGUGACAUGAACACCCUUUAAAGUAAUAUCUUUAAAUGUCAACAACGAUAAACACAAAAAAACUCUGUACCUUAACAAUUAAGUGUUAGAAACUGUAUAUUUUUUUUCAGUUGGUGUAGAUUAUGGGUUAGCAGGUGAACUUCUGUUUCUAUCCGCUCAGGGAUUAUUGGUGAUAAACCCCUCUAUAAUUAUGUGGUUAUCGCCAUUUUGAUAUGAAACAUCGUCUCCUUUGAAAAAUGAAAUAUUCAUGUAUUGAGAAAGAAAGGAUUAUUCAUUUUGUAGUUUGUGAAUGUUUUGAUAUAACUAAUCAUAAGAUGAGUCAUGUCCGAACAGCAAGAAAUGAAAGCAUUUUACUUGAAUGACAGUAAAACAUCUGCACAGCACAAAGGGACUCGUCAAUGUAAAAUUGCAUCUAGUUUGCAAAUGAGUGCCUUUCUGAAAAUACUGUACAUGUGUGUUAUCAAACAUACUAAGGAAUCACCA